AAAAUGUGAACGCAUUUACUUAGUUAUUAUUUAUUCUGAAAGUAACAGUGAGGCAAUCAGUGGAAGUAUUUCAUUAGUCUUACAAUAAAUAUGUUGUUAAACGCAGUGCAUUAUUUUUUCUCAGAAUAAGCAUGGAGGCCAAGAACCAAGCAACCAAAGGAAAAAGGGUUCACCCGAAAGAAAAAUCCAACUUCCUAUCAAACCUCCUCUUCUGUUGGCAGAUCGGUAUAAUACUCAAAGGGCGCAAAAAGGAACUAACAGAAGAUGAGCUCUACGGACCACUUAAGUCGCAACAGUCACUAAAAUUGGGCGAAAAGUUAGAAAAACACUGGAAUGAGGAAAAGACUCGCAAAAAACCGUCCCUGGCCAGGGCUUUGAUCAAGAGUUUUGGAAUGGAAUUUGUCCUCUAUGGUGUUUUGCUGUUCCCUUUUGAUUUUGCCUUGACGUUAUUACAACCUAUUCUGUUACGGAAACUUUUGAAUUAUUUUGACUCAAACCGGGAAAACAUCCCCGAAACUCAGGCCUAUUGCUAUGCCCUUGUGAUAGUACUCGCAUCACUAAUGUAUCUGACUUCGUUCCAUGUAACCUACUUGGGACUAUACAACUUGAGUUUAAAGGUCCGGGUCGCUUGUAGUUCACUGGUGUACAAGAAAAUUCUAACUUUGCGGAGGGAAAGUUUCCAAAAUCUGACUUCGGGCCAAAUUAUCAAUUUGCUCUCGAAUGACAUACACCGUAUCGACUUGGUACUACCAACACUGCAUUUCUUAUGGAGUGCCCCUUUGAAACUAGUUUUGGCCACUGUUUACUUAACCAUCACUUUCGGAUUCACUGCAACGUUAGGGAUUUUCGGAAUCUUGUUUUUUGUAAUAGCGCAAUUACUCGUUGCCAGGAAGUUCUCCCAAGUUAAGCAAAAACUGGGCCCGAAAACGGACCACAGGAUUCGCUUGUUCAAUGACAUCAUUCGAGGUAUCCAAGUCAUCAAAAUGUGCACUUGGGAACAAUCCUUCUCCAACUACAUUAGUGAGGUCCGAAGGUCAGAAACCAACCAACUUUCCACCGCCAACCAUUUCCGGUUUGUUUGCGCGGUCUUUAAAGUCUACGUUUCCAAAAUCUCCGUCUUCCUUUGCAUCCUUGGAAGUGUUCUAACCAACACAGCCUUAACCCCUCAAUAUGUGUAUGCCCUAAUGACAAUAUACGAAAAUUUGAAAACCACAGCCACAACACGUCUCCCUUUCGCUUUAAUACGAAUGACAGAAACCAAAGUCACGGUUCAACGAAUCCAAAACUUUUUACUUGUCGGGUGUCCAAACAACGUCCCGAGGGACAUAAUCAAAUUCCUCAAACCCAAAAUGCCCACAAUUCAAAUCCAUAAUGCCUGGAUCGAACUCAACGGUGUGACUCUACUUCACGACAUCACAUUUCAUGCCUCACCUGGUGAUUUGAUUGGAGUGGUCGGGAGUGCAGGAAGUGGCAAAACCACUCUCCUGCAUACUAUUCUAUCAGAGGUUAGCCCGGCCAAAGGCAUGAUCGAAGUCGAAGGCAUUAUCUCGUAUGCCUCACAAGAACCGUGGAUUUUUUCGGGAAGUGUGAGGCAAAAUAUUUUGUUUGGUGAGGAGUUCAAUCCUGCCAAGUAUUCGCAAGUUGUGAAAGUUUGUGCGUUGGAGUACGACUUGACUCAACUCCCCUUUGGUGACAAUACACUAGUUGGGGAAAGGGGUGCCAUGUUAAGUGGGGGGCAGAAAGCUAGGAUUAAUUUGGCUCGCGCUGUAUACAAACACGCAGAUAUAUAUCUUCUAGAUGAUCCAUUAUCUGCAGUUGAUACACACGUAGCCAGGCAUAUUUUUGACGAAUGUAUCGUCAAGUAUUUGAAGGGGAAGUGUGUGGUUCUGGUGACACACCAGGUGCAAUAUUUGAAGAACACAACACGGAUUUAUCAACUGGAUAAAGGACGGGUUGAUAAAGUUGGUACAUUUGAUGUCUUGGGUUUCGAGGAUAAGUCAAGUGGAGGUAAAAACGAUACGAAAAGUGUGACUUUGGCGGAGUUCCAAGCCCCUUCAAUUGUCAAAGAAGAACGAGGAAGUGGAAGUGGGGCUAAAGUAUAUCGCGACUAUUUUCUUAACGCAACUGGGGUUACUAUAACCGUAUCAGUAUUCCUUCUAUUCGCACUCAACACGUUCCUCGGUUAUUUGAUUGAUAUUUUCAUCACGUUUUGGGUGAACUCAAAAAUUGAUAUUGACACCAAUGACAAAUUAUACAUAUAUGGAUUCUUAGUACUACUUCUUGUUUUCGGGACUCAUAUCGCGACGUGGUUUUUCGUCAAGUACACAGUCGUGAUAUCAAAAUUCCUCCACGAUGUGUUCUAUCAAGGUGUUAUCAAUAGCCCGAUCAAAUUUUUUAAUGACAACUCCUCGGGACGUAUCCUCAAUCGUUACUCGACCGAUUUGGGAUCAGCUGACGAAGUUAUCCCUUUGUUCCUUCUGGAACUCCUAAUUAAAAUUUUCUUGGUCAUCGGAGUAUCCAUAAUAAUCCCAAUACUCAAUUUCUGGAUGGUGAUACCAUCCAUACUUUUGUAUAUUAUCUUUUUCACGUACAUGUAUUUGCACCAACCGGCAAACAAAAGUAUGAGGCGUACCGAAGGAGUUGUAACAAGUCCUGUGAUAAGCCACAUGGCAUCAACCCUGCAAGGCCUAACCACAAUCCAGGCCUUGAAAGCCCAACAAAUCCUCCUACAAGAGUUCAGUGCUAAAUUAGACGUCCAAACUUCGGCUUGUUACAUGAGCAAGGCUAUAUUUUGCACUUUGGCGUUUUGGGCCGACUUGACCUGUACCAUAUACACAGGAGUGGCGCUUUUUAGCUUCUUUUUCUUCACAGGGAAUUACGUGGGAGUCAUCGGUUUGGCCUUCACAACAUCCAUAAUUUUCGGCGAAACGGCCCAAAUGUGUAUGAAAGACUGGAGCGACAUUGACUCCAACAUGACUUCAGUCGAACGCGUUAUGGACUACUCGAGACUUGCCCCCGAAGCGGACGAAGGCUCAUUCAUACCGGAAGACCCAUGGCCUGAUCAAGGCAUUAUAGUUUUCGACCGCGUUUCAAUGAAAUACUCCGAUAACUUCUGGGCUUUAAACCAAACUUCUUUCAGUAUUAUAGCAGGUGAGAAAAUCGGGAUUGUUGGUAGAACCGGUGCCGGAAAGUCGUCACUAAUAUCAGCACUUUUCCGCUUGUUUGAUUUCGAGGGAACUAUCACCAUUGAUGGUGUUGACACUAAACAGUUGCCUCUACAUGUCUUGCGGUCCAAAAUCUCGAUCAUUCCACAAGAACCGGUUAUUUUUGUCGGCAGUCUUCGCAAGAAUUUGGACCCUUUUGACGAGUUCUCCGAUGCCGAUCUGUGGAACGCUUUGGAAGAAGUCGAAUUAAAGAAACACUUCCUCGAAACUGGGCUUGACAGCCCAGUUUCGGAAGGUGGUUCAAACUUUAGUGUUGGUGAACGACAACUGCUGUGUCUCGUUAGAACUAUACUCAGGAAAGCCAAAAUCAUCGUUUUGGACGAGGCAACUUCUAACGUUGACUGGAAAACCGAUGAGAUGAUCCAGUCAACUGUUAGAAGAAAAUUCGAAGGGUGUACGGUACUAACUAUAGCACAUCGGCUAAAAAGUGUGCUAGAUUCGGACAAGAUUUUGGUAAUGGAGUCGGGAUCAGUGGUGGAGUUUGGAUGUCCGAAGGACCUACUCAAGGAUACAGAAGGUUAUUUUUACAAACUUGUACAAAAAAGCAAACCUGUAAAUAUAUUAUAAAAAAUA